AUGGACGGCCGGCCGAGCGUGAAGCUACACUACCAUCAGCAGCACCGCCGCCAGUCCCCCCACGUAGAUCAUCCGUUGCAUAGCCCUAGUAAGACCCGCCCCAGACGCUACCUCCCCCGGAUGUGCCUGUUCCUCUCCUCCGCGCUCUCCUCGAGCCGCCUUCUUCUGUUCCUCGCGGUCGGCGUCGCGUGUGUGUUUCUGUACUCCGUGCUCGACAUAAGAUUAGAUGGCGGCGCGACCGGGAACGGGGAAGGAGGUUCAGGUUUUGGUUCGGCAGCUGGAGAAUUCUCCAUUAGGUUCGGCAGCAGCCGCGGAAGCAGUGGAAGCGUGGGGGGAUCCGCGGAGGAAUCGGCGGGAAAGGCUUUUUGGGGGGAUUCGAGUCGAGCCGCGGCGGCAAUCGACGAUCUGCUCGUUGCGGCAAUGCGCAAAUCACGCUGGCGGGAUUUGGGAGAAUCCGCGGAGCAGCUGCUGUGGUCUUCCCCCGAUCAGGGGAUCAGGGGAAGCCUGAUCGGUGGCGGGAAGGGCGGAGGCGGAGCGGGGAGCGCGGGGAGCAGCAGCGGGGGAGAGAGCCUGGCGGAACGGCGGAGGCUGAUGCGGUUGGGGUAUGAUGGGGGAGAAGGGGUGGUAGCGGGGGAGGAUGGCGGAAAACUGGACCAAUCAGGAGCCGCCAGCGCGAGAACCUUGCCCGCGUCUCUGAUUGGCUCCGGGAACCAGGGCUUACAGGGGAAUGCUGACGUGGACCGUGCUCUAAACGAGCGGCUGGCUCGCGAUGUGACUAUAGUGAUCAGCGCAAAGCACUCUUUCGGAACAGCAGCCGCGCAGCUGGACGCAAUUCUUGCGACCACUCCCCCCUGCCCCGUGAUCUACAUGAUCCCCGGCGCAAUGGACGCGCGCACGCGCGCGCACGUCAGGCGCAGGCAAGCGGAGGGCGCACGUGGGAUGUGGGGUGGCUGGGGCGGCGGAGGGGGAGGUGCAGGCGUGGGGGGAACAGCGGGCGGCGGAUUAGGAUUCGCUGAGAAGCAUCCUGAAGGGGUGAUUUUCCUGCCGUUUAUUUGGGAGUGGGGGGGGGAUGCGGGGGGCGGGGGGGCGAAGCUCAGGGCAGGGGGGCUCAGCAGAGGGGCGGGCGCAGAGGGAGGGGCGGGGGGAAGGGGGAGAGGGGCAGUGACGUAUGGUGGUGCGACGAAUCUGCGUGGUAGGCUCGGUGCCGGUGCUACUGCAGGUGCGGUCACUGGUGCUGCCGCUGCUGGUGUGGCUGCUGGUGCUGCUGCUAGUGGUGGUGGUGGUGCUGGGGGGAGCAGCAUGGGCAGUGGAUCAGUGGCGAAGCAAGAGGGCCUUAAAGCCCAUGCAGCAUUCGCCUCAGACAUGCUAUUUGAUGACUAUAGCAACGACGGGAAGCUCUACCCUCAGCCAAUAGAAGACGUCCACGUGGCAGGCACCAGGGAUCCGAGCCUGCUGGACCCUCGGGAAUCUCCGUCUAUAGUAGUGUACCACCACCCGUCUUCCAGCGUGGGAGCGCGGGAUUUGAUCUACUUUGCGCGGCAGAGCGGCGCUGACGUGUGUUCAGCCAAUCAGGUGUUUCUGCGGCACAAGUGGGGGAUUAUAACGGGGCAGCAGUGUAGAGGGUUCGUGGACGCCACUUUAAGGGGCCACGUGUGGACAACAGAGGGCCAGGAGGGGGAUGGCGAAGGGUGGGAGGUGAACGGUGUAGGUGCUUCAGGUAUUGCUGCUGCUGGUGCUGGUGGUGGUGGUGGUGGUGGUGGGGAGGAGGGUAGUGAAGGGAAAGGGGGAGUCGAGGCAGGUGGAAAGGGUGCUAGCCUUUACAGCAGCACCAGCAGCAGCAGCAGCGCCACUCCUACCGCCCGUUUUCUCAUUCCCAAGAGCCAAUCAGAGCAGGCUCAGCUCGUGCUCGCCUUCUUCUCAUUGGUCGGUUUCAACCGCUUCCAGAUGCGCAAUCUGCCAGCCUGGCAACCUCUGCCGCCCGCGCCGCCCGCCGUCUGCCACGUCAGGGACAGGACGCUGUGUCAGAUCCCGAUUCCCUGGAUGGCUGUUGCCGCCCGGUUCAUUCCGUUUGUGGACCGACUGGCAACGCUGCCAGAUGCUUUGGCAGAAAAUGCCAAAACUGUCGCCUCCGCCGCCGCUGCCGCUGCUACUGCUACCGGUGGUGCUGGUGGUGGUGGGAAGGGAGUGGUUCUAUCUAGCACUGGGAAUGGUAGUACUGGUGGUGCUGCCGAGGCUGAGGUUCGGGGAGAGCCGGAGCUGUGGUUCGGCCGAGCCGAGGAGUACCCGAGCCUGCGGGUGAAUCGGGUGGAGGAUCUCUGGCGGGCGGCAUCGCUACGGGACGGACAACUGUUCAUGAUUCGGCACGGAGUGGUCAAGCACGGCGAGAAGCAUCCAGGAAGGCGCGCACCGGAAUUACCCUUUUUAAUGAGGCUAUACCAUCCGUUUCUGCUGGUGGAAUUGGAAAUGCAGGUGUUUUCUGGUGCAGGUGGGGAGGGGUUGGGUGGUGGUGGGGGGAAGGGGGAGGAGGAGAACGGGUGGUGGAUGGAGGGGAGUGAGGGAGGGGUGGAGGAAGGAACGGGGUUGAGAGGGGGGCGGGACAGGAGUAAGAGGACGGGAGGGGCGGGGAAAACGGUGUUGGAAUCGAGUCUGUUUGAUGGGUUGUCUGUGCAUUUCGGACGGGUGCGAGAUGGGGUGGCGGGUCGGGGCCGUGCCCGACGCGUGGCGGCUGCUGCUGUGGGCGUGGCGGCCGCAGAGUGUGAGGACGGCUCAAGUCCUGCUGAUGAAUGCCGAUACUCCUGCCGUGGGUGA